UUUGGUGCCGAAAACCGAGCAGACAAAAGUCACAGCGAUAUGGCCUUUCGUGGAUGGAUGUUUAUGUCUUUUAGGUCCGCAGGUUUGAGAACAUGCACAAGGUGCAGAAGAUUCUCCUACAAUACCCAUAGAAACUUCAGCCAGACAUCUGAAGGUACUGCUGAAAAAAGUUCCGCAUUUGGGAAUGCAUUGCUGAUCAUACCAGUUACAACAUUCUGCCUUGGUACAUGGCAGGUAAAGAGAAAGAAAUGGAAACUCGGAUUGAUCAAAGAUCUGGAAGAAAGGACAACAGCUCCUCCUAUAGACCAUUUACCAACUGAUCCUGUUGAAUUACAGAAACUAGAAUAUAGAAGAGUCAAGAUCAGAGGAACAUUUGAUCAUUCUAGAGAAAUAUACGUGACUCCACGAUCUUUGUAUUCACCAGAAUUAUCACGAAAAAAUGAAUCCAAGGGAGGUAUGAUGUCCUCAUCUUCAAAUAUUGGAGCAAAUGUAAUCACGCCUUUUUAUAUUCCGGAUUUGGGGAUCAGUAUUUUAGUAAAUAGAGGUUGGGUUGCACGCAAGUUUAUGCAACCUGAAUCCAGACCAGAUGGACAGAUUGCAGGUGAAGUGGAUCUUGUAGCUGUAAUCCGAGGCAAUGAAAAGAAACCACCUUUCUCUCCGGAUAAUGAUCUAAGUCAAAAUAGCUGGCUCUAUCGGGACAUUCCUGCUAUGGCAGAGUAUGGAGGAACUCAACCGAUAUUUGUGGAUGCAGUUGCAGAGUGCUCAGUUCCAGGUGGACCUGUUGGAGGGCAGACUAGGGUGACUCUACGAAACGAACACACACAGUAUAUUAUAACAUGGUAUAGUCUCUCAGCAUUGACUGCAUUGAUGUGGUUCUUUGGUGUUUACAAGAAGAAGAGACCCACAAAAGUGCCAUUAUAACUAUAAAAUGCUAGACAUUCUAGUUGUUAUCCAGAUCGAAUUAUGAAAAUACCCUCGCUGGACAGUUACUAGAGCAUAAAUUACAAUGCUAUGCAUGUACCAAUGAUUUGAAUGCAGAGUAAACCUAUCCAACAUAAGGGGA